AGUAGAGUUCUUGCUUUCUCUUUCUAGAUUCUAUUGUCUUCAGAGAUUCGAUUUUCUCUCUCUAAACACCCAUAGCAAACCCUAAAUAAACCAAACCCCCAUUCAGCCUUGCCACUUCUACUCCAUCUUCUUCUUCUCUGAAAGAACCAGAAACAGAGCAAAUCGAGAUCGAGGAGAUGAUGAACCCGAUCGAAGCAAAUUCCUGUAUCUACAACACACAGAUGGGGUACGGACUACCAUUAUCGGGAACAACUACGGUGGAGACGCUCCUCCCCACCAUAUACGGCUCUGGAAUCACCGAUUCGAAAACUAAUACUGCUCCGAUCAAAUCAGAGAGCGGACUCACCUACAACAAUAUUCACCAGCUAUUGCCCAGAAAGCGUUCGAGAGAGACCUACUCUUCUUCCUUCAACAUCAUCAAUCCUCUCUUGUCUAUGCAAUUACAACAGCAGCAGCAGUUCGACAUCGAACACCUCAUCUCGCAACACAUGGAGCAGGUGAGGGUGGAGAUUGAGGAGAAUCGGAAGAGACAAGCGAGGAGAAUAAUCGAAGGUAUCGAGGAAGGAAUGAUGAAGAGACUGAGAGCCAAAGAAGACGAGAUUCGAAAGAUCGGGAAACUGAACUCCGCACUCGAAGAUAGAGUCAAGUCGUUAUGUAUGGAGAAUCAAAUCUGGCGCGAUCUGGCUCAGACAAACGAAGCCGCAGCAAACGCUAUCCGUACAAACCUGGAGCAGGUACUAGCGGCGACAACACGAUUAGGCGACGCGGCGGCGGCAGUGAUGGACGAUGCACAGUCGUGCUGCGGGAGCACUGGUGGCGGUGGUGGGGAGGAAGAAGAGGUGGAGCAGCGCAUGAUGGUAAAUAGGGCGCAUGGUAAAGGUAGUUCAAGAACAAGUAGGAUGUGCAGGAAUUGCGGGAAAGGAGGCGCGUGCGUGCUAUUACUGCCGUGCAGGCAUUUGUGUUUGUGUACGGUUUGCGGGUCGAAUCUCCAUACUUGCCCCAUCUGUAAAUCCACCAAGAACGCUAGUGUACAUAUUAACAUGUCUUAACAAUUUUUAUUUUUACCGCAUCAAAUUCAUAUUCCAUAUUUAAUUUCCUUUUUCUGUAUUUGAAAAUAAUUAUUCAUAAAGUUUGGAGGAAAAAUUUUGGAAUUUUAUUGGGUCUUA